GCAAGAUCCAGAUAGGUACGCCAACUCAACCUCUUACAGUAAUUAACAGACCAUCACAAGUGAAGCCUAUAGUACGAGUUCAACAAGGUCAAGGGUUAAUGCAAGGUCAAGUAAGUUCUGGUGGUAGCUUGGUACAGACACAAAUAAUGGGCACCAAUCAACAGGUUACCAUGGUACCAGCCCCAGGCGGACAGACACUUUUACAAAAUAUUAACCCUCUAAAGAGAAAAAUAGACGAUGACUAUGAUACUUGA